AUGGCAUUGGCCGUUGCUAAGCUAGGCGAAGUCUAUCAUGAUGACGGGCUUAUUCACGAGAGCCUGAAGCUUUACCGUGAGGCUCUGCACGAAGUCCAAUUAGCCCUGUGGGAUCCAGACAUGAUGCUCCAUGAACAGACUCUUACUGCCUGUGUGGCGCUGGGCAUGUAUGAGAUGAGUCAGUGUCCGAAUCAGUCAAAACAUGGAUAUAUCAGCCAUACACUUGGUUGCCAAAGGCUGGUGCAACUUCGUGGUGCAGAGGCACAUAUGGAUGGGCUGGGACAUUCGGUCUUUGUACAUUUCAGGAUUCAAGGCAUUCUAUAUUCUCUAGACCUGGGCGAGCCUUCCUUCUUGGGGCAGCCGCUGUGGCAAGAGGUACCCUGGCAGAUCAGACCGAAAACACCCUACGAUCGGAUCUACGACUUCCUCGCCAGUGCACCAGAGCUCCGUAAACAGGGCGAGAUGCUGGAGCACUUGAACCCUUGUGGCAAGUUGCAGCUCGCAACGGAGAUGAUUUCGAAAUGCUGGAAGCUGGAUGCCGAAUUGCAAUCUGUCUAUGAUUGCCUGGAGAAGAACCAUCAUGGACCAUUAUAUUGGCCAGAGCUAGCCAGAGACAAAAGUCUCGACCUUGAAUCGAAGGAUGGCAUGUUGUUUCCGGUGGCAUUCCAUUUUCCCAAUCUCUCUAUCGCCAACACCGUCAUCAUUUAUUGGGGAGUGCAGGCAAUACUGUGGCAGGGUCUGUGGCAGCUCUAUCAAGUUCUGGCCGAAGUUCACGCGAAGUCUGAGGAGGCUGGGGGCUUCGCACAAAGUGACGUGGGCGGUGACACCAGAUCUCCUACCUCUACGCUCGGCAACUGCCUACACUUUCCACCAUUGGAACAUCGGGCUGACUUCGCUGCACCCUGCCGCAACGUAUUCCAGUCUGCUGAAUACUGCUUGCAAGACAAUAUGCUCGAUCAAGGGCCAAAAUGCAUUGCUGCCCCGUUGAGGAUGGCGAUAGAAACGCUGCAGCCGUUCCCCCAGUACAGGCGAGAGGUCGCUUGGGGAGAGCGGGCUGUGAAGAAAGUGCAACAGCGAUCCCUGCGUCUACUUAUCUACUACCAUCCCAGAAGAUAG